AUGAUUGAGUCAUGCACCACCCGUCGAAUGCUCCUAUUGAUAUGCGCUCUUCUAGUGUCUUCAACGAUUAUUCUGGUUUUUGAAGAAUACGUGGAGGAUUCGGAGCUGGAGGCCUCGAGGAGACUAAAACAGAAUGGGAAAAUGAGUUACUCCGAUCCAGACUCGAAGGUGAGCUUUUGAGGCCCUAAAAAUGUCAUAUGUAACGUAUGUUUUAUGUUAUUUUCUGUAUUUAGAAGGACGUCCCCAAAACAUCGACCUCCGAAUGCUCUCCCGAAUCCUUGAAGCUGGUCGAGGAAUGUCAACCUUGCUCAAACUUUGAAGUCAACGCUUUGAAAACAGGUAAGAUUUCGAAUUUUUUUUGAAAUUUGUAUAUUUAGACUACUGUAAGGACACUGGGUUCUAUACAAAGUUUUUGUGUGAAGCAACGAAUCAAACGCUAUACUCUCCAUGUUAUUCCAAACAAGUCCGAGCUUUCGUCCGCUUCAAUCUGUUCGCUGGAAUGAGUUUCGCCUGGAGCGUUUUGUUCUAUGGGUUCGUCUCAUGGCGACGGAAGAUUGUGGAAAUGCGAUCGUAUUCGAGGGUGUCGCAGUUCAUCAAUUAA